AUGGAUUCUCACGAUGAUGUCGACUUACAACACUCUUUGACACAUCCACGCAAUGUACGUCGCUCAAGUGAACCAGAAACAAGUUUAUCGAGAUACAACAGACACCAAACUCCUUCUACAUCACCACCACCUACACGCGUUCCGUUACCAUUGCCUUAUUCACCAAGCGAUUAUGAACCUUCUCCCAGCAGUCCUCGCCAUCAUUACCUUUCAUUGGAUCGCACCUUUUGGCAACGCAAACUCUUUGACAAUGCCUCUUCCAAUACACGAGAACGUAGUCGAUCGCUGGAUAGUCAUUCGCAAUUCGCCUUGUUACCACCUUCGGGCGUGGAUACUGCAGCUGCUUCUACCAACACAUUGUCCUCCUCCUCCUCCUCCUCCGACAAUUGGGCUGUUGAAGCCGUUCGUUCAUUUGAACUUGUUCCCUAUCGAGAAUGGACCGUCAUCUCACGCAAUAACACGAGUGGACAAGUGGUAUUAUACAACCGAGAAAGUCGCUUGGUGACAGUGCGUCGUCAAAUGCCUCCCGAGGAUCCUAUGGCAACAGCAGCAACAGCAGCAGCUACCACGACUACGCACCCUCCUAAUGGUAGUCCAAUACAGCUUGGCGAAUGUCCCACAUGUCAUCGACCCUUCUCUCCUCCUACUGCUCGAUCGAAACAUGAUACAGGAGAGCCUGAAUUCAUGGAUCGAAACUACUUUCGACUUUUGGCAUCGACACCUACUCAAUCACCGCACACGACGCGUGGAAGCAUACCAUCUUCUUUUGGGAACAAUAUCCAUCUCAACGUCAAUGCAUUCAAUGAAGGCUAUUAUGAAAAGUUCUUUGUCGAAAAGAAAAAGCUAGGUCGUGGCUUUCGUGGCAGUGUAUUUCUCUGUGAACACGAAUUGGAUGGAGUACGGCUAGGGAAAUAUGCUGUCAAAAAAGUAGCAGUGGGAAACAAUCAUCCUUGGUUGGUCAAAAUGCUACGAGAAGUGCAUCUAUUGGAGCGUUUGCGACAUCCCAACAUUGUUAGCUAUAAACAUGCUUGGCUGGAGUAUAGUCAGCCCUCUCCUUUCGGGCCCAAGAUUCCAUGCUUAUUCAUUCUUAUGGAAUGUGCCAAUGGGGGUAAUUUGGAAGAGUACAUGGAACCUGAACACGUGCCUGCGACGAAGCCUUUUGUUCAACAAGCUGACAACAAAAAAUCGGCAUCACAGCUUAAACGAGAAAGGAUUCGACGACAACAGCAACAAAGCACCCAGGAACAUACAACGACAUCGACGCCAUCCACCUAUAAGCGAUUGCUUAGCAUGCCUGAGAUAUGGUCAUUAUUCUUGGAUAUCGUUGAAGGAUUGGCCCAUUUACACCAGCAGAAUAUUGUACAUCGAGACUUGAAGCCACCGAAUCUUCUUUUGAAAUGGGAUACACGGCAUCGAGAUCGAGACCAGCCCAAUGAAUGGCGGGCCGCAUUUGAUCAUCCUGGAAUACCUCGGGUGCUUAUUUCCGAUUUUGGAGAAUGCGAAGAUCUCGAAAGUGUACCAGAUCAAGAUCGCACUGGGGCAACUGGCACCAUGGAGUUCAUGGCACCCGAGCAUGUUGAAAUGGAUCCUCGCGGUAGACAUCUUGUGGAAUAUUCACCCAAAGCUGACAUGUGGUCGCUUGGCAUGGUGCUGUAUUAUCUAUGCUACACGAAGCUCCCUUAUACCAAUGUUGAUGAUAUUGAUCUAUUGCGAGAGGAAAUAUUGGCCUUCCGAGAUGUCGAAUUUCCAAAGAGUCGAUUUGACAUAUACAAUGAUUAUGAUGAGACCAUGAUGAACCCAGGAGAUUUGGAAACGUUACGGCAUCAAGAUGUUUCAGCUGAUAUACCACAUGAAUUGAAGCGGUUGAUUCGCAGAUUACUUUCGGUUGAUCCAGAAAAACGACCCUCUUGUCAAGAAAUCCUCUCACGUAUUGCCAAUCUCAGGCCAUCCAAUUCUUCUUCGUCUUCGAUUGGGUUGCAAGAUAUACCACCCGUCAAUCACUCACCCUCCCCCGCCAUCGAUCAUCAUCAUCAUCAUCGUCAUCCUAAUGUAUGGGGUCCUCCUGAAUAUAUGGUCUCCACCAACAACAUGGUGUCCAAUGAGCCAUCCGUAUUGGAUUAUGGUAGCAGCAAAAUCGAACCCUUAGCAAUGGAUGAAGAUAGACCAUUGAGUGCCGAUGAUCCACCUCCACCACCACCACAACCACCUCGUUCUCAAAAUGAUGAUAGAAUGGAUAUUGAUGAUGAUGAGGAUGAUAAUAAUGAUGAUGACCCAACAUCUGCAAACAACACAAACCAUUAUCCUGGACGACGAGGUGGUAUCAAAAAGAGACGAAUGAGCAAUGACCAUCAACAAUCAACAACACCUCUUUUACUCGGUGCGAAUGAUCCAACGAGUUCGAGCAAAAUGUCAAUUGAUAAUACUGGUCCAGUGCAUAAAGGGGAUUCCAUCUUGGUGGCAGUCAAGACAGCGACAGCCAUCUUUAAGGUCGCCUCUUGUACUUAUCCAUGUCAUCCAUAUGCACCUAUUCCGGUGGUACUUUAUCCCAUUAUUCUUAUGGCAUUACUUGAUUUCUGGAGUGAGAGCGUGUCACAUAGCCUUAUUUUAAUGAUGAUGCACGUUGUUUGGAUAUUUGGCAUGGUUACAUUGAAAUCUUGCUUCUUCUUUUACUGCGAAAGGCAACCAACACACACACACACACACGCCACUAUGACGGAAGCUUUUUCCAAGGGCAACCUUAAAUCUCAGAUAAAACAGCUUUCAACACAACUCGGCGAAUCUCCUGCCAAGGAAUCAGCCACAGACAACAAUGGUGCCAAUUUGACCGAAGAAGAAAAGGAAAAGCUCAAGCAACAACUCGACGCAGUGCGAAAAAAGAAGCUCACGACUAAAAUGUUUCACGUGACCAAGGCCUUGAGAAGCAAUGUCAAGAAAUGCAAAGCAAUGGAGAUACAAAAGCAAUUGAGGAAGCUCAAGGAAGCUCGUAAAGCUUUGGAAGAAUCCAACAAUGAGAAGGAGACGACAAAGAAACAUACACCAUCACCUGAAGAUAUCCCCAAAUAUGAAAAAGAACUUGAUAUAUUAAAGGAACUUGACGUGGAGGCAUUUGCUGAAAAGACGCUGAGGAACAAGAUGUUGAAGCACAAAGAGUUGAAGCGGAUUCCACUUGUUAUCGAUGUAUUGAAUGAAUCAGCCCCUACUACCACCUCUGAUACAGCUACUACAGAAGAAGAAAAGACGAUGCAUUCAGCUAUUGAUGGUCGGAUACUACGCCACAAGUCUGUACAGGAAUUGAUUUCCACGCAACUCGACGAAUUGCAGAACAUCUUUUUACCAACGCAUCAACAAAAGCAAACAAAGCGUGAAUCCAAUAAUAAGGACCAUAAGAAUCGACCCAACAAAAAGAUCAAGACCAGCAAAGAUUCAGUAUUUACAGCAUCGUCUAUGUUUGUUGACUCUUUGGGUGGUGAUGACGAUGACGACAAUGAGGAUAAUGAACACCAUGACAAUGCACGAUCGAAAAAGAUGUCUGACAACUGGGUGGACAAAGAUUUUGACAAGUUUUACAAUGGUGAAAAGAAAAAGAAUCGUCCUGGUCAACGACAACGACGACAGGAAUGGGAAAAGAAAUACGGCAAGGAUGCUAAGCAUGUGAGGCAAGCACGUGAUGAACGGAUUCAGAAUCGUAUAGCAAAAGGAAAGCCUGCAUUCAAGCCAAAGGGUAACGAAGGAUCCGGCAACAGCAACAACAACAAUAAGAAGGAUUCUGGAUUGCUCAAGCCUGAAGAAUUCCAUCCAUCAUGGCAAGCAAAACGACAAGAACAAAUGAUGAUUGCUUCAGCAUUGAGUGGAAAGGGCAAUGCCAAUAACAAGAUUGUGUUUGAUGAUAGUGAAUAA